UGCAAGGAUAAUGUUAAUUUGUGUCUUUCUAAGAACGUGUCGAGGCACAAUUGUUAGGUUUAGUGGAUGCUGUUGUUUAUAAUAACUUAUAUUGUUAUGUUGUAUGGACCCAAAGCUAAGCUAUAGUAGCUUGAACAUUGCUAAAUAAGUUGGCGCCUUGGCUAACGUUAACAUACUUUCCACAACACGUUAUGGAUGAGGCUGCUUACACGUUUCUCAGCAGAUAACAGUGGAGAGAAUAGCAGGAAGAAGCCUACACGAAAUACACACUAAGGAAGAGGAUGGCCCCUGAGAUCCAGGCAGUGGUACGUGCUACCCAGGCCUGGUUGCAGUCUUCCUGGCACGUCCAGGUGCCAUUUGCCUGGCUGGAAGCCUGUGUGGAGUGGCUGCUGGAAGAGGCAGGGGGAGCAGGUCAUCUGUCACAGCAGCAAAUCAACCAACAGGCGCUGGACCAGUGGCUGUUGACAGACCUGAGGGACCUGGACUUCCCUGUUCUCCCUCAAGGACUCACUCAGGCCCAGAAGACUGAAGUCAACGGCACCUUCUGUGUCCAGGUUGACUCAGUACUGGACAUCAGUCAGCCUGCGUAUGGUCAGCUGCAGGAGUGGAGGGGCACAGACUGUGCCAAUGACGAUGUGUCUGCUGUCACACAGACAACACAGAGGCCCUGGGAAGCCAGACCAACCCGUAUGCUACUAAUGCAGGUGACAGAUGGAGUCCAGUGCCUGGAGGCCAUGGAGUAUCAGUCUAUCCCCGCACUCAGCACAGCUCUCAGGCCUGGUGUGAAGCUGCAGUUGCAAGGGCAGAUGGUUUGCAGACUUGGGGUGCUUCUGUUAGGGCCAACCAACGUCAAGGUCCUGGGUGGUGAAGUGGAGGACCUGGUUGACAGGAACAACAAGGGCAGGGUGCUGAGUCGGACGCUGGGACUUCCCGAGGAGCAGCAGCAGCAGCAUCAACAGGGGGGGGAGGAGGCCCCACCAGCACCACAACAAGGUAAUCAGGAAGUGGAGGACCUGGAGCUAAAUGACGCGGAGUUGUUGGCCAGUCUGGAGGCCCAGGAGGAGGUGGGAAGGGUUCAGAUUGGGCCUGUUAGAGACAGUGGCUACGGGACACUCAGUGAGCCCUCCACUCAGUCUUCAAGAAGCACCUCUGUCAGGAGCCUUGUCUCGACAGCCUCAUCCAGAAGUGAAGCCUCUUACAGAAGUGGUCUGACCCAGAGCAGCAGAAGUGAUUCAGUCCAAGGUGAUCGCCACUCUACCGAACAAGAGGAUUCUGACCUCUUACCUUCUGACCACUUGACCCAACCAGAGAUCCCAGAUCACAACAUGGCAGACGAAGACUUUCCAGAUGAAGACUUUGACGAUCUUCCCCUGGAUGAGUUGGACAGUGUGAUUUUUCAAGAAAGUACAAAUGUUAUGGAGAGCAGUCACAGAAGCACGCCACAGAACAGGGAAACUGCUCCGAUUGAGCAGCCCACUUUUAAUGGCUCUGGGUCUCGUCUUGGGUCUAGUAAUUCCAGAUACACCACGCAGAAAAGAGACUUUCAAGGCGUUACUAGAGGAGCUACAGGGCAUUUCUUUUCCCCAGCAACUUCAAAGCCAUCGGGUGAAUCAGAAUUUGUUACAAAAGAUGAGAGUGAUUUCAUGGAUGAAGAUAUGGACUGCUUUCCUGAGGUAGAAACUUACAGAGGGCCGAAUCAGCCUCCUGUUCCCCAAGGACCUAGUAGACACAGUGAGAGUGCUACCAGCAAAACAGAAAAUUUAGGCUCCAGUUGUAGACUUACCGGCAACUCAUCAAGGAGUGUCACAUCUUGGGAACAAAGUUACACCUCAAGCACUGCAGAAUAUGAUAGACUAUGUGCUAAAACAGGUCCACAGAGUGACAGCUCGGUCCCUGCUCUCACUCUGACCUCUCCACCUUUUACAUAUUUGUGCCUGCUAGAAGAGAUGAUGUCCAAACCGCACCCCCGCACCACAGAGAUCCGUGUCAAAGCUUUCAUUGUGACCCUCUUGGGGAAACUGAGCAGCAGCAACGGCCUUUGGACCGUCUGCGCUACGAUAUCUGAUGGAACCGGGUACCUGGACGUGGUGCUGUCCGAUGAGGUUUUAAGGGGCCUGCUGGGGUUCUCGGUGGCAGAGAAAGGGGCUCUGAAGCGUGACCCGGCCCAGAGAGGUAAACUGGACGCUGGGAUGAGGAGAUGUCAGGAAGAGCUGGUGGACAUGUGCUGUGUUAUGAUCGUCGUGGUCGAACCGGAAGGCAGGAAAGCUGUGGUGACCAAGGCAGACCCCAUCAAUGAGCAAGUAGUCCAGGAGCUGGAGCAGAGGGUGAGAGACAGGCGCAAAUAAACACAGGGGAGAGGUUGAGGGGAAGUGGGCAAUAAUGAGAAAAUUACAGGCUGCGGAGAAGUAAAUUGCCCUUAGGCAGAGAUGAAACAUUGUAAACAAAACUGAGGCAAAUAUAACAUUGUACAUCAGCAUAUGUAUGCGUAAUGAAACUCAGGUAUUUCUUUUGGAUUGGUGAUCAACCCACCACUCUGCUUCAGAUUUGGAGAGCAGAUUGUGUGAACGCCAAUGUCUGAUGAUCAGAAAGGGGUGUGUUGAAAUGCAUCCCAUCUGCUAUAUGUGAAUGUGACAUUCUGUCAUUUGUCAUUAGAGGAUUUCAUUCAUCCAUUUCUGCCUCACGCCCAAGCAAAGUAAACAGAUUAGAGAAAUGGAAACGGAAAGGAAAAUGUAUCUAUACUGUAUAUUAAUGAUUGGUCAGCAUCCCAAAUUGUAUGUAACAUUUACAACUGUAAAGACAAGAGUGUAUUGAGAGGACGGAAUGGAGGGGGGCAAUUCCACUUCUGAUUGUUGUAAUGAAUUGCCAGCCUUUGCAUUCACUCAAUGCAUCCAUUACUUCUGAAAAAUUAUUAAAUAUCCAAGGGUCGUGUGGAUCUUUAAUAAACUCCCCCAAAUGAGAAUGAGAGGAAAGGAAGAUAAAGGAGAGGCCAUGAGCUUUGAUCAUUUCUGUUCAUUACGGUGCCUCAUCUGUGUUUUUUGUCUUUGAUGAAUACAUUUACCACAUAUUUUAUGUUUUGCCUGUAUUUAUUGUAUAUUGAAAUAGAAUUGUUAUUAACUAAUUAAAAAAAUGUGUGAAG